GCCGGUUCUUCACUCAUCAGUGGAUCGAGCGAACAGUUCAUUAUUUAGAUUCUGUAAACAUGAAUGUUUUCAGUCCAGGUUCCAAAGGUUUCUGAACAUCUCAGGUUUUCAGGGAGUUUGUUCCAGAGCCACGGAACAUGGAAACUAUGAACUUUAGAUGAUGAUGAAGAUUAUGUUUAUUUUAAAAAGGAUGAAGUACAAUACAGAACAUGCCAGAAUUAGUCAUGAGGGCUAGUUUGUAUCUGUGGUCCCUAAAUGUAAAGACAGUACAUAUAAACUGUCAGGAUCCUUCAUCAGAGCUACAUUUAAAACCAGAAAACAUCUGUUCAAAUAAAGACAUAUCAGGUAGGAGGCUUAAAAUAAAUAAAAAGCCAUAAAAUACAAUAAAUCACUAAUAGAAUACAUUAAAUUUACCUGAGUUAUUGGAGAAUGAUUUAACUUGUAUGUUCUUAAAUUUUCUGGUAUUUUAUUCCAGUCAUGAGAAGCUUUCACUGAGAGUAAGUUCUGACCAGAUGUUCUCCAUCCUGAAGGUUACAGCAAGGUCCGCUCUCAGUGGUUCUGCUGCUUGAAAGGCAAGACGUGCAAGAUUUUAAAGACCAGACACAGAUCUGCAAACAUGAUCAUAUUCUCUGGACUCAACAGAUGAUUCGUUAAAAUGCUGCAGUGAUGAUACCCUGCAAGCUUUUCAUCUAAGAUCUUUAUUGUGUGUUUGUGCAGCGUCUCUGCAGGCCUCAGGGUGGAUGAGUUAGUCUGUCCGCAGCUCGUUAAACACCAAGUUUUAUGAGAAUAAAUCGUUGACAUGGUAAGUUUCCUGUAUACGGCGAUUCCCUGUAUAUUCAGGAUGUAAACUGGUGGUUUUAAUAAAUGGAAAAUAUCUUCCUUUAGUUUUAAACAGGACAGGGUGACAUUUAGAUAAAAUAUUUUAACAUCAAACAACAAGAAAACUUUACUGUAAACAACCUAAAUCUGGAUAUGUCAUUGGAGCCGGCCCAAGGCAUAAGCCACUUUUUAAAAUAUUUGUUUACUCAGAAUAAGAAUAAUACAUUUGAUGGUUUCAGCAUAGAAUAAUGAAAAGAUUUAAAAUGAUUUGCUUUAUAAAAGGAUGUGAAGUAAUUCCAAGGAAGGUGGGAGGAGGACGACAUCUGCAGAGUUUUUCUAACCAUUUUAUUAAUACAGAAAAGGAGGAACAUGCAAAUUAACUAAUGAUUCAAUAAAGUUUACUUUAAAGACGGGUGCUUGGAUUUAUACCAUAAUACUAGCUGGUAUGUGAAGCAAGGUUACAACAGCAAUGUUAAACCAACGGAUUAUUUUGUUCCCAUAGUUACCACCUGAUGCUACCACUUUAACCUGUUCUUUGUGUUUGAGCUUCAGUUUGAUCAUAUAAGCUCAGCCAGUUAGACCUGGCAUCGUCUCCCAGAUUCCACCAAGCAGAUGUUAGUGGUGAUGAUGUUCUGAACAGGAAGAGGGGCCCCAAAUCAGACUCUGCUUAAGCCCCCAUACAACCUUGGGCCAGCCCUGGAUGUGUUAAUGCUCAGAUCAUAUUUAAAGCUCUAACGACCUUCCAAACUGGCAAAUACUGGUUUUUACUUGGAGACCAUCUUCUCCUUCAGAUGUUUUCUUCAUGAGAUCAUUUAAUUAUUGAUCAGCCUGUCUGAUUAUUUUAUAAACUGAUUAAACGUUAUAUUAUCUGCAGGUUAGGACUAUAAACCAUCUUUACAUUAAUGAAUGUGAGGUUUUAUUCUAUUUUCGGGGCUUUAUUUUGCUCAGACUGGGGGUGCAGGCUCUUCCCUCCCCCUUCCAGAGGACAAAGACUAAAAUGGGUCAGACUGAGGAGAGCAGCAGCAGAUCCUGCGCACCAUCCACCAUCAUCAUCAUCAUCGCCACCAUCCGAAGGCAGAGAGCAGCUGCAGGCCGCCUUUCGGGCUCUCUGUGCGGGGACAUGUUGCUGCUUUCCUCUGCUGGAUCUUCCUGCUGAGCCGCGCAGUUUAUUCCCACUGAUUCCCGGUGAACAAUCUGGAAUUCUCCUCAUUCCUGCCUCCGCUUUUAUUUGGAUUCCAACAUGUCAUCCUGGGAUGGCUGACGCCGCUAACUGGGACUGAACUGGUUUGAGUGAUUCCGAGCUGCUGGAUUCCUCCAGCUUCCAGUUUAACACCGACUCAUCUGCCCCCACACUGACCGACGGAGGACAAUGGAGGCCGGGCUGAGCUGAACGGAGUGCCCGUUGACCGUUCAGGAGCUCAGAGAGUAGAAGAAGAAGGAAGCUGCAGAGGAACUCACUGCUCUCUGUUCUUCCUCUGCAGAACCUCAACUGGACCUGUGUUCUGUGGCCUUUGUGAUCCCAGCAAAUCGCUGCAGCUAUGACUCUUCCAACCGACCUUCGACCUUUGCCCGGGCUGCUCGUCUCUGCCGUCUCUCUCGUGAUGGUGUUGAUGACACUUCCUGCUUUUGCUCUGGGACCAGAGACGUGUUUCUCCAGGCAGCAUCAGGGCACCGCCGUUAUCGUCAAACAGGCUCUGAACAGACAGGCGGCGGCCAUGAUCGCCCGGACGGUCCACUCAGAGAGGGACUGUGUCCUAGCCUGCUGCUCCGAGGAGGUCCUCACAGGUGCUCGGUGCAACAUGGCCGUGUUCAAAGGCAACAAGCCUUCUGCUGAAGACAACUGUCUCCUCUUCCACUGUCCCACUGAGUUGGACUGUCCUCUGAUGAAAGCUCCUGAGGGCAGCAACACCUAUGACAUCUACAAAGGUUUAAGUCAUCCACCCACACUAAGACCUGUCACCAUGACAACCACUAUACAGACUACCACCACCACAUCACCACCAACUACACCAACAACCACCCUAACCACCACCACAGCUAGCACACCAACCACAGCUCAGGCACUGCCCUCCCCCACAGAACCUCCCCCACCCUUCAUCAUCAUUGCCACAGUGCCUGUAGGUAUUCCACCAACCCCCACCACUACUACAACCCCAACAACCACCACCAUGGGGCCUUCUGCUACCUUCACCUCGAGAAAACCCAACAAAACCAGCAAGAAGCAAAACAAAACCAUCAAGAAAGGAAAAUCUCAUCCAUCCAUCACCACCACCACCACCACCCAAACAGCUCCGAGCUCCACGACAUCACUUCCUGCUGAAACAGCAAGAAAAGAGGUGGAGCAUAAAAAUACUAGCAUUCCAGAAACAACAACUGCAGCUACAACCACCACUGCAGCUCCAACCUUCAAGACCACCAGUACAACCACUACAGCGUCCGCUACUACAACCACCAUCCCCAUGUCUAGCACCACUCUUCCUACAACCACCAUCACAACCACCACAAGUCCAACUACAACCACCACCAUCACUACAACCACCACGACUACCACUCAAUGUACCACCAGCACCUCCACCGCCGAACCAACCACCACAGUAAUGGCUCAACCCCCGAGUCUGAUCUUCAUUCCCAAAGACCCCCUUCAAUCAGAUCCGGACCUCCAGCCUGGUCACACCCACCUAAACUCCAGCUCCAGCCGGGGGAAAGUGGUGGUGGCAGCACAGGGGGCCCUGAAGGGUGGUGUGGUGGCCUUCAUGGUGCUGGGACUGGCCGUACUCACGCUGGCCCUGGCUGUGGGCGGCCGGAAGGCCAUGGAGUCCUUCGACCGGCGACAUUACACCAGACUGGAGCUGAACGACCUGCACUAUGAGAUUUAAGUAGGGAAAUCAUCACGUCUGCUUUAUUUAAGGUUGUUUAAGUUCUUAGCUGCACAACUCUGGAUUGUCUGCUCAUGCUUUGUUUACAAGGCGGCAGAGAAUCCUGCUCUGUGAUUGGUUAGACUCGGUUUGUUUACUUUUACAGUUCUCUUGAAACAGUUUGUGGAGCACUAUUCACUUGUUUGUUUAAAUUAGGUACCACCCACCCUACCUGAUAAAAGUAACACGCACAGAUUGUAAUCAUUACAAAGAAUUUCAUUGGACUCAGAGUUAAUCCCCGCCCCCUGAAUACAGGAAGUGUUUUCAGAUUCCAGCAGGAAUGGAUGCAGAAAAUCUGUUCAGUGAUUUUUAAGGAUUUAAAAGAUGAAGUUUACUGAUGAGUUGGAUCAGAUCUGCUUUAAUGGGGACUUUAAACAGGAACAAACAAUGCUUUUAUCUCUGAUUAGUUUAUUGAUCUGACCUGUGCAGUUCUAAUAACCAACAUAAGGUGUCGUCUUUUUCUCUGUUAAUUCAGUUUUUUUACUUUUAUGGUCUUUCCAGAGUUCCUUUACAUCAUUAAUGUUAAACUGGAAAUAUUUUAAUUUCUGAACAAAGUACCUUAAAAUAAUGUUUUUAAAUUUAUGUAAAAAUAUUUGUUAAUUUCUGAUAAGGAACCAAAACUCUGAAAAUACCUAUUUUACUUUAUUUUGGUGAUUUAAAGGAAUAUUAAGUAAACUGAGACCAUUUAUUUAUUUAUUGAUAAAACUAGUUCAGCUUCCAGAGGGAAUGGAUGGGGAUGGAAAUGGUUUGCUGUUGGUUUACUGACACAUUUAGCCACCAGGGGGCGCAUGUGAGUGGGUGGGCUUACAGAUCAUCCAACGAGCCAAUGCUUUAACCAUUGGUAGGUAGGUAUUUCAAGUUAUUUUUUAACCAUCCUUGUGACUACUGCUACUACAACAAAGAUUAUGAGUAUAUUGAGGCAUCGGGAUUAAAAAUAGUGUGACAUGUUAGUGGCUUUUAUGUAUCAGUUGCUGGACAGGAAGUAGGACAGAGAGAGAAGGGGAAGACUUGUAAAUGGCCCAGGGGUGGAAAUCGAACCCAAGACAGCUGCAUGAGGAUUGUAGCCUCAGCAUAUGGUGUGCCUGGUGUACCACUGAGCCACACGAUGCCCGACUAUUAAAUAUAUGCUUUGACUCCACAUAUGAAGCUUGACUUCCUGUACAUAUGUUUGAGACUCUUAUUUUGAAGUAAGAAAGGAAGUAGAUCUGGAGUUGGCCUGUUGAGUAUGGAGUCAACUCACUUACAGGAGCAGUAAAGACUCGGCCUGUCAGGAGGAUUAUCAACUCUUUCUAAACACUGAGAAUACUGGCUAACUGUUAGCUGCUAACAGUGCUAAAGUUAGCUGCUUACAGAGCUAAAGUUAUCUGUUUAGUCCUAAAGUUAGCUGCUUACAGAGCUAAAGUUAUCUGUUUAGUCCUAAAGUUAGCUGCUUACAGAGCUAAAGUUAUCUGUUUAGUCCUAAAGUUAGCUGCUUACAGAGCUAAAGUUAUCUGUUUAGUCCUAAAGUUAGCUGCUUACAGAGCUAAAGUUAUCUGUUUAGUCCUAAAGUUAGCUGCUUACAGAGCUAAAGUUAUCUGUUUAGUCCUAAAGUUAGCUGCUUACAGAGCUAAAGUUAUCUGUUUAGUCCUAAAGUUAGCUGCUUACAGAGCUAAAGUUAUCUGUUUAGUCCUAAAGUUAGCUGCUUACAGAGCUAAAGUUAUCAUCUGCCUUAGAGUUUCUUGGUGCUGCUAGUUUACUGUUUUUUUUUUUUCCAAUCUGGACUGGAUUUGAUCAAAUCUGACUGAAAACCUGAAAUACUCAGACUAAUUAAACCUGAACUGGAUAAUGAUACACAGAACAGAGAUCCAAACUAAGUUUAGGAUUUCUAAAACUUUUAUUCUUCAUGAGAAAACACAAAGGAAUUAGGGUGCAGCAGUGGCACUGGGUAAAGUGCAUGAUUUAUGUACAGACACUACUGUCCUGGAUGCAGCCGUCACGGGUUUGUGUCCCGGGCCAUUGACCUUUGCUGCAUGUCCUUCUGUUUCUCUCUUUACCCCAUUUCCUAUUGGUCAACUUACAAAUAAAGACCACUAUUGCCACAAAAAAAAAAACAAGGAAUCAGAAAUGCAUAAAAGCCAGAACACAUGGACGGGUCAAACCUGGGUUGGAUUUUUCUACAUUGAUUACAGGCCGGUGGUUUGUGAAACAUUUACUCUGUUUAGUUAGAUUUGUUGGUCAUGGAAGUUAACUCGUGAGAACGUUUGAACAUCUCCAACAGUAACUGCAAGCAGAACCGAAUUGACAAGUUAACAUGUUUUUUUUUUCUGACUAGUUACUUAAAUAAACAGUAACUAUCAUACAACUAGUUAAGACUUUUGAAUUACUAGUGAAGCACUUUGACUGAUUUGAACCAAAAGUUUCAGUACUUUGUAAAAAAGCAUCCAAACAAUCUAACAUAUUUCAAGACAAAAAUCACACCCAUUAUUAAGGUUGUAGAAUGUAUACAUAAAUCACUUACCAUACUGGACGACACCCACACACCCUGUCGAUGGUACCUGUAUUUAGACGGGCCAGGCAGAGCUCAUGGGGUUCUGUGAUGAUCAGUUACUUUUGUAAGACUUUAACCCUUGACAAGGAUGCCAGUCCAUCACAGGCCAACACAGGGACACGGAGGACAGACAGCCAUGCACACACACAUCUACGGUACACUUGGAUUAUAUAGAUUAAGAUAACAUGCAUGUUUUUGGACUGUGAGAGGAGACCUGGGAACCUGAAGAGAACCCACACAUGCUUGCAAAGAAAUGUACAAAUUCCACAAGAGCCCAGGUGGGAUUCAAACCCAAACCUUCUUGCUGUAAGGGAAUAGUUCUAACAGCUGGACCACCAUGCAGCUCUUAGAUGUUCCAGCUCCUUAUAAACAAAAUCAUUUCCAACCCCUUCACUGAUCUUUACCUGCAGAGUGUUCCUUCAGACAGCUGAAAUGUUGUCAGCGAGUGGAUUGCUGAUCUGCCCAGUUUGUAGGAUUUGUUCCUAAUAAUAAAUAUUAACAUUAUAUUAGUUGGAGCUAGUUUAGUGAGGUUCUUUAAGUUGUUUCUGGACACAUGUUGAGAUCUGAAGGUGUGUUACUUUCACAAACAGGAGAAACCAACAUGCAGCAGUGAAGGUGUGCAGUCCAACAUCUUCAGCUGUCUGAGACUCUCCUUUACAUCACCUAGUUGGAGGAAAGCUCUGAGUUGAGUUGUGUUCUGUGAGAGCAGCACAUCUCCUUCAGUGUUUCAACACUUUGGCUCUAUGAUGGAUUUAUGGUCCAGUUUUGAUUUUACUGUAAAUGUUCAUGCUGAAUUGCUUUGCAGCUUCACCCUCAAAAAUGAUUUAGACUUUUGGAUGUGAACCUGCCCAUGGCCUCCAGGUUCCUUCGUGAACGACUGAGGAGGAAGACCAGACAGCAAUACUUUUACUCAUCAACACUCAGGAAACUUCUCUUGUGGAGAACCCUGAUGGAGAUCAGAACUCACCGUGCACGCUCCUGCAUGUCCUUUCCACCUGCCUGGGCCUGUGGUGACCUCUGAACCCACAUGCUCACUGUAGAUGUCACAAUCACCAUGUGUUUUUGUAUUUUCACCACACAAGGAUUCCAACCUUGGAUGCAAUCCUUUAUAAACUGAUGCACUCUUGUAUUGUGAGUUUUUGAUAACUAUGAUCAGCUUCUUUAAAGAUAUCUGAUUGAUUUUCAUAGCUCAGAGGACACUGGCACCGCACUAUUUUCUUAUAAUAAAGGUAUUUGUAUUGGAUGUGUGUUUUAGACCGCAGACAGGCUGCUGCUGCGGCACCUCUCCAGCAGGUGGCAGCAGCAACCUGAUAACUCAGUUUUACUCUUAAUUACUGACAUGGAUGGUGAUAGUUUGGUGCCGUUUUGUCAAGUGAUGCUUUCACAUAACUUUGGAAUUUAAUGUUUUGUUGUAAAGAUUAAAAAACUUGUGAUUUUUGA